AGCUGUGCUACGUCCUCGUUCUGUACGUGUAUGAAGAAGAUGCAGAAGAUUGUAGUUGUAUAACUAUUUCGCGCUACAACGACUGCUAGACAUGAAAUCAUGCCCACGACUUUAAAUUUACUCAUCCAGGAAAUAACUGUUUUUUUGCCGGGUGCAAAUAAAACACACAGCACAAAAACGCUGCAGAAGUAGUAGCAGAGCUCCACGUCCACGCACAAGACCUACGUAGAUAAAUUUCAUCUUCCCUGGCAGAAGUAAGUUUUGAUCUUGUUUGCUCCGUUUUUGUUGUAGCGAAACAACAAACACAACGAGAAAAAAUGCCGAAGAAGACCACCGUCCUCGCGAUGCAACUGCUCGCGGCUCAGAUGGCCGAAGCGAUCGACUCGUCGAAAACCCACGUGUGGGUGGGGAACGAGAAGUCGGGAAGUGCUGUUUUGCAGGUAGAACAGCUAGUACUUGUCUUUGUCUUCUAUUUCGAAUAUUCACCAGCCUCUACUUCUCGUGAGCUGCUUCGUCUUAAACUUAAUCCAUGCCGACGUGAUGAUUGUUUUUUUGCUUUUUCGUGAACGAAAGUCUGAUCAUCUGCCCUAUUUACUUGAAAUGCAGGUGGACAAGAAGAAGAAGGCCCGGUCCACCAAGGUCUCGAAAGAGGCGGAGGCAAAGGAGAUGCUGGCCACCACCACGGAAGCGCAGGUAUGAAGAACUCUUUUUUAUUUGCACUGGAGAUGAAGAUGAUCGAUUGGUUGCAUAUACUAAUAUUUGAAGAUCAAUUCGGACUCUUAUUACACAGACAAGACGACACAGCACAUUAAUUCCUACAUUUAGACCGCUAUACAUAUUCUACUGGGGAACGUUGCGUUGAGCUUGAGGACGACACGCAAAUAAGUCGGGACUUCAGCGCUCGGCGACGAGGGGCUGUAAGUAACUGCUGCAGCCAAAGUAGUGCUUUCCUUGAGAAAGCAAUUAAGUGCGAGUGCAAGAGCGCCUGUUCUUGCAGAGAUAGGCUUCUCCUUGUUCGCAAUGACUUUGUAUCUUGCAGCGUACAAGCCUUUCACAGAAACGGAUUCUGAUGCCGCAACUUUUUUGUCCGAGCAGACAGCUACAAGGAAAAAAAGUAACAGCGGUGAAAAAGAUGAACCGCCGAAAAGUAGAUCUCCGAUGUUUUUUUCUGGUACAUUUCAGUUUUAUGCUCGAAAUAAUACACCCUGAAGGGAUAUUAACGAGAGGUGGGAAAGGGGAAAAAGAGCAGGGUACGUAGCGAGUAAAAUAGGGCGUUGAAAUAUCUUGGAUCGAAGUUUCAAUGAAAAUUUUUACAGGAGCCUUUAUGCAGGCAGGUUGGCAAUUGUCCCGACGGCAAAUCGCAGACGGUUUUUAUUGUCCCCGGCAAAAGCGUGCGCUGGGGCAUGUGCCAGGACGAGCCCGAAACUUGUACGCCGGACCAGGAAACGACCAUCAACUCUAUUCUGCAACCGCCUGUUUUAAAGGCGAAAGAAGAGUAG